GAUGAUGGAGGUCGUGUGGGGAGGGUGUCUCCAGACGGCUGCGGACCGCGGAGGGGCCUGACACGGCAGAGCACAGCAGAGCACAGCAGGCACGUGUCACGGGAGGCGCCGUCCUGAGGGACAGCUGCCUGUGGGACAGCUGCCUGUGCUUUGCGGAGGACCCUGUCAAUGAGCAGCUUCUACUCCCCCCAGUCCCCCCCCCAAAAAAAAAUUCCACUUCAGUGAGCUGAAAAAGAAAGUCUAAAAGUGUCGCUUGCCGUGUGCCGUGGUGGUGGCGGGAAGCAGAAAAAGGAGGUUUGGAGCAGAAAGGCAACACAAUCCUUUAUUCGCGCUGGCUCCUCAGAGUUGGGUGAGGGAGCAGCAGUUUGGGCCACGUGGAGGUAACAAAAAUGGCCGCCUCGCACAGCAACCUUCCCUGCGUGUGUCUAAUCACCGAAGUGAAAGGCGGGCAGGAGAGCGAGGGGCGGCAGAAGAAGGGCUUUUAUGGGAAUAGCUCUCGCGAGAAUGAGAAGGGGGAGGAGUAACCAGAGCACUCCAACUAUGGGGAAUUGACAGUGCCCUGAGGGCACAACAUGGCGGAACAACUCUUGCAGGAACUAGCAGUAGCCUGAGGGGACAACAUGGCAGAUGUGACUGCAUCUGCACAAUUUCCCAGCAUAAAAGAGAAAAAAAAACCAAAACCAUCUCUUUUCAGAUGCUUGUUUCUGGUGCUCUGCAGUGGUGUGGCAGGAAGAGGGGGAGGGGGAGGGGGGGCUCCAGAAAAGGUCUGAACGCCCCUCCCCAGUGAGAGCAGAGGAUCCACUGCCCACCGUCCUCGCACCCAUGGCCGCGCCCGCGCCCCAAACUUCCCAGACGGUCGCGGCUCACGUCCCUUUUGCAGACUUAUGCUCAACCCUGGAACGGAUACAGAAAAGCAAAGGGCGUCCGGAAAAGAGCCGGCACUUCCAGGACUUUUUAGAUUCCUGGAGACGAUUUCACGACGCCCUCCAUAAGGGCCAAAAGGACGUCACGGACUCCUUCUACCCGGCGAUGAGACUCAUCCUUCCCCAGCUCGAAAGGGAGAGGACGGCCUACGGGAUCAAAGAAACCAUGCUGGCCAAGCUCUACAUCGAACUGCUCAACUUGCCCAGAGACGGGAAAGACGCCCACAAACUCCUCAACUACCGAGCACCGGCGGGAGCGGGAGCGCGGGGGGACGCGGGCGACUUCGCCACCAUCGCGUACUUCGUGCUGAGACCCCGCUGCCUGCAGAAGGGCAGCCUGACCGUCCAGCAGGUGAACGGCCUCCUGGACUCGGUGGCCAGCAACAACGCCGCCAGGAGGAAGGAGCUGGUGAAGGCGAGCCUCCUGCAGCUGGUGGCACAGAGCUCCGCGCUGGAGCAGAAGUGGCUCAUCCGCAUGAUCCUCAAGGACCUCAAGCUGGGCUUCAGUCAGAAGAGCAUCUUCGCGGCCUUCCACGGCGACGCCGAGGAGCUGCACGGCGUCACCACGGACCUGGAGAAGGUCUGCAGGCAGCUGCACGACCCCGCCGUGGGCCUGAGCGACAUCUCCAUCAGCCUGUUCUCCGCCUUCAGGCCCAUGCUGGCCGCCAUCGCAGAGAUCGAGCGCGUGGAGAAGGACAUGAGGCACCAGAGCUUCUACAUCGAGACCAAGCUGGACGGGGAGCGCAUGCAGCUGCACAGGGACGGCGAGCUCUACGAGUACUUCUCCCGCAACGGGUUCCGGUACACGGAGCAGUUCGGCGCCAGCCCGGGGGAAGGCGCCCUCACCCCGUUCAUCCACGGCGCCUUCCGAGCCGACGUCCGGGUCUGCAUCCUGGACGGCGAGAUGAUGGCCUACAGCCCUGCCACGCAGAGCUUCCUGCAGAAGGGGGCCAGGUUUGACAUCAAGAGGAUGGUGGAGGAUUCCGACCUGCAGACGUGCUUCUGCGUCUUCGACGUCCUGAUGGUGAAUGACAGAAAGCUGGGGCAGGAGACCCUGAGCAAGAGGUACGAGAUUCUCGGCGGCGUCUUCACGCCCGUCCCGGGCAGACUGGAAAUCGUGUCCAGGGCGCUGGCCCAGACCAAGAGGGAGGUCGUGGAUGCUCUGAAUGAAGCCAUCGACAACAGGGAAGAGGGCAUCAUGGUGAAAUACCCGCUGUCCACGUACAAGCCGGACAAACGAGGAGAAGGGUGGCUAAAGAUCAAGCCCGAGUACGUGGACGGACUGAUGGACGAACUGGACCUCUUGAUCGUGGGGGGCUACUGGGGCAAAGGCUCCCGGGGGGGCAUGAUGUCCCACUUCCUGUGCGCCGUGGCCGAGGCGCCCCCGGCGGGCGAGAAGCCGUCCACGUUCCACACGCUGUGCCGCGUGGGCUCGGGCUACACCAUGAAGGAGCUGUGCAGCCUGGGCGCGAAGCUGGCCCCGCACUGGAAGCCGUUCCGGAAGAAAGUGCCACCCGGCGGCCUCCUGUGCGCCACCGAGAAGCCCGAGGUGUACAUCGAGCCCCGGCACUCCGUCCUGGUGCAGGUCAAGGCGGCCGAGAUCGUCCCCAGCGACAUGUACAGGACCGGCUGCACCUUGCGCUUCCCCCGCAUCGAGAAGAUCCGGGAGGACAAAGAGUGGCACCAGUGCAUGACCCUGGAGGACCUGGGGCAGCUGCGGGGCAGGGCUGCGGGGAAGCUGGCCACCAGACACCUCUGCCCCGGCCCAGGCGGCGGGGACGACGACGACGACCCCGAGCUGCCCCGAGAGAAGAAGCGCAGAGCUGCCCCCAGGACCCGGAAGGCCGUGGGCAUCAUCGAGCACCUCAAGGCGCCCGACCUCUCCGGCGUGAGCAGGGUGUCCGACGUAUUUAAGGACGUGGAGUUCUGCGUCAUGAGCGGGACGGACGGCCACCCCAAGGCGGAGCUGGAGAACAGGAUCGCCGAGCUGGGGGGCUACAUCGUGCAGAACCCGGGCCCCGACACCUACUGCGUCGUGGCGGGCUCCGAGGGCAUCCGGGUGAAGAACAUCGUGUCCUCCGACCGGCAUGACGUGGUGAAGCCCCAGUGGGUCCUCGAGUGUGUCCAGGCGCAGAGCUGUGUGCCCUGGCAGCCCCGCCACAUGGUCCACAUGUGCCCCUCCACAAGGCGGCACUUCGCCCGGGAAUACGACCGCUACGGGGACAGUUACUUCGUGGACACGGACGCGGCCCGGCUCAAGGAGGUGUUCUCCGGCAUGCGGCAGGUGACCGGGCAGACGGCCAGGGAGAUGGCCCCUGCGGUGGCCGACCUGGAACAGCGGUACUGCUGGGACCGCUGCCCCCUCGGCCUGUUUCGACGACUCACCCUGUACGUGGACCUGUACGCCGUGCUGAGCGACCCGGGCACCCAGAUCCAGGGCACGCCACUCGCCGGCACCGCCUUGGAGCUUCGCUUUCGAGGGGCGAGGGUCGUCUCUGACUUAGCCCAGGGCGCAUCUCACGUCAUCGUCGGGGAGGAUCACAGCCGCCUUGCAGAUUUCAAGGCCUUUAGGAGAACCCUGAAGAGGAAGUUCAAGAUCCUGCGGGCAGCCUGGGUGACCGACUCGGUAGACCAGGGGGAGCUGCAGGAGGAAAGUCCGUAUCUGGUGUAGAGCUCGCUUGCUGUCCCCUGAGGGCAGGCCCAGUGCGACCUGCUUCUCUGCCCGCACCCCUGCGUUCACCUCUCACAGCCUCUGCCUGCACGGUGUUGCCAGAGACAGGAAAACAAGUCUUUUUAAUAAUGUUGAUCAAGAAGACGCUGAAUGGCUCAAAGUCCAGGGAAAAAAAUCUCCUAGCAGUGUCGCCUUUGACGUGACUUUUUUAUAGCCGAAAUGAAAUGAACAGUGUAAAGAAAAGAUGACUACAUAUCCCUUAGAGUAAUCUAAAAUUCUGACUCAGGUAAAACCCAUAAAGAGCUUCCAAGUCUAUUUAAAAACUUUAGAGUCAUUAAAUGAUACCAAUUCGUGCCUAAAUCAAAGCCUUGUAAGAAAAACAGAACUGUUACCGCUUCUCGGCCUUUUGGCUAAGAUCAAGUGUACUGUGUGAAGAAACACAGAACUGUUGUACUUGAAGUAGUGUGCCGUUGAGGGCCAAAGCUAAGUUCUCUUCAGUGUGGAAUGUUAUAAACAAAACGGACUCGUGAACGUGACGUUAACGAUGGCUUUACCCAAACAGGAAGGCGCAAGAGACACUGUGGUCUGCAAAGUUCCCAUGGGAUCACUCUGAUUCAGCCUGGCCUAAGUGUAAUUUUUUUCCCCCCUAAAACAGAGAAUGUGUCCCAAGAAAGUGUUUUUAUGAGAAAGUGGACUUUGUUGUCAAUGGGAUUCCUGGAGCAGCCCCUCGCAGUGGGUAUCCAGAAGGCUUGUCUAGUGCCUUUCAUAAAAGAGUUGCCAAGCCCUCUGGCUUCUGUUUCUUGUCAUAGAAAGCCAGGAUGCACAGCAUGAACAGUGUGUGGGUUUGUACAUUAGAUUUUAGACAGCUGAGACAUGCUCAAGAAUGAUCUCCUGAUAUCAAAUGAUUAUUUAGAAUUUGCUUCCUAAGAACCCGUGUAAAGUCUUUCUAUUUGGAAAUUUUAUACAAAAAUCGCAAACAACUGUCUAUGCUUUUAAUAUGUUAAUUUAAAUAAAAUACUUAAUAUGUUAUUAAAAUAGUA